AAAUUCCAAGACAUCUUUACCUUUCGCCUUCUGAACUUUUAUUUGACGAUUAGGGUUUUAUUGCGCUCCUCCAUCUUUCUCUGCAAGUCGGCUAAGCAAAAGUUCUCUUGAAGAAUCAAUCAUGGGGCACGCUAAUGUCUGGAACUCUCACCCUAAGAACUAUGGACCUGGUUCUCGUACUUGCCGUGUUUGUGGAAACCCUCAUGCUAUUAUCAGGAAGUAUGGUCUCAUGUGUUGCAGACAGUGCUUCCGCAGUAACGCCAAGGAAAUUGGUUUCAUCAAGUACCGUUAAGAUUGCAGUGCUGUUACGAAGAUGUAAGGCUGGUAUUUUAUUGCGGGGGUGAUGUUUUUCCUAAGAAGAUAUGAUACUUUAGAAAUGAUUUUGUAGACAUCCUUUGGAUAAUUUUGUAGACUUCAUUUGGUUACUGAACCCCGACAAAUUCUAGUGUUUAUCUUUUGAAAUGGUUAUAACUUAAAAUGCUACUUUAUUGUGACAACAAAUUCUACUUUUUUUCUGUUAGUCUGCAUUACAACUGCAUACGUAUUGAAUGAAUGUCAUGGGAUUCAGAAUCCACUAGUUUUAUGUUAAAAGAUGCAAUUUCUUUCU